CUAACGAAUCAAGGUCAGACUAAUCAGUUUUCAGGGUCAAUCCAAAUUCUGUAUGUAGUAGCUCUUCUAUUUACAUCGGGUGGGACAGUUUGUUAUUCUGAGAAUUUGGACGUAAAUAAUAGUAUUUAACAAUAAUGAUGAGAAAUAAAGCUUUGAGUGAGUGUUGUACGUUGUUUUUCGUCAGAUCCCAUUCGUCCUUUCAAAAUGUUCGACGAAGUUAUUCGGCGGCUCCGCCCGCCCAAGUAAAACCAUAUGAGUCGAUACCAGGUCUUUCCUCGUUGCCGAUUCUUGGUCCUAUACAUCAUUUCUUACCUGUGAUUGGAGAAUUCGGACCAGGAGCAAAUCUAUUUGAUAUGGUAUCUACUCUGCAUGAAAAGUAUGGGCCUAUAGUAAAAAUGCAGGGGGUGCUUGCUAGAGCCGACUUUGUUUUUUUGUACGAACCAGAACACAUUGAUCAGGUUUACAGGAGUCAGGAGGCAAAUCCAUUGCGACCAGGGUUUCAAACUCUCGAGUAUUACAGAGAAGUGAUCAAGAAAGGUUCUCUGGAUGGCAUAUACGGAUUAACAACCGCACAAGGGGAAAAGUGGCGCGAUUUCCGCACAAAGGUCAAUCCACCUUUGUUAAAACUGAAAUUGGUUAAAGUUUACGCCCCACCGCUUGAAGAGAUUGCUCAAGAUUUAGUGCAGAGGAUAAAGCGAUACAAAGACGACACCCAAUAUCUGACGAAGAACUUUGACCUUGAAAUGACCAAAUGGUCAUUAGAAUCUGUGGCCUAUGUGGCUUUGGGGUCGAGAUUGGGGUGCCUCGGAGAUGAAGUCACCAAGGACCAUCCAGGAUUUACACUGCUGCAGUGUAGCAAGGACAUCAUCGAUUUAGCCUUCAAAUUGGAAUUUUUCCCCAGUUUGUGGAAAUACAUCGCCACACCUGCUUAUAAAAAGAUUAUCAGCACAUAUGACAAGCAAUGGGAAAUAAGUACGAAGUACAUCAAUGAAGCAAGGAAGCGAAUUAACGAAAGAGGACAUGACAUUCCUGAAGAAGAGAAGGGUAUAGUGGAAAAAUUAUUGGCCAUUGACGAGAAGGUUGCCAUCUUGAUGGCUAAUGAAAUGCUGUUUGCUGGUAUUGAUACGGUCGCGUUUACAGCAAUCAGUCUAAUUUACAAUUUAGCGACACAUCCAGAAAAGCAACAGAGACUUCGUGAAGAAAUUCGUUCACCUGACACACAUAAACGUUAUCUUCGAGCGUGUUUGAAGGAGGCCCUUAGAAUGCGGCAUGUCAUCCCGGCCAAUUUGAGGAGGACAGAUAGAGAUCACUUUGUGGCUGGUUAUCAUAUUCCUCCUGGGGUGGAUGUAAUAGCCCCAAAUGAAUACUUGUCGAGUUUGGAAAAAUAUUAUCCGAGGGCCAAGGAGUUUCUUCCCGAGAGAUGGUUGGCAGACAAAUCUGAUCCUAUUUACUAUGGGAAUGCGCCUGCAAUUGUGACAUUACCAUUCGGUUUCGGUAUCCGAAGUUGUAUUGGGCGCAGAAUUGCCGAGUUAGAGGUUGAAACUCUAAUGAAGAAGUUGUUUGAUGAGUUCGAAGUAACUUGGGAAGGACCACCGAUAAAAGUUGUGACAAAAAUCAGUAAUAUGUUUGCUGAGCCUUAUAACUUCAGAUUUAAGAGCGUUAAAUAAUCUUUUACACUUUUUUAAUACAAUAAUCAAUAAUGAUAAUCACUUUUUUAUGUUAUAAUCCGGUAAACGAUUCGACGGAUCACUUGAUGGUAAGCAUUAUGCCGCCGUCCAUGGAUGUCCAAAACACCAGAGGCUUUACAAGGGCGUUGGUUUCCGGUCUUAUGGGGGUUAGGAAUUUAAGGGUUGUUGGGGAAUCAGGCAUUGGGGUAAUUGGGUGAUUGGGCCUCGGGUAACGUCACUCACACAACGGGUAAGCGUUGUUUCACGUCGGUUUUCUGUGAGGCCGUGGUAUUACUCCGGUCGGGCCGGCUCAUUCGUGCCGAAGCAUGGCUCUCCCACACUUGAAUUAUAAUAUCCGAAUUAUAUAUCUUAAAAAAAAUUAUUUUUGUACAGUUUCCAAAGUAAUUAAAAUUAAAUGACAGUUUGAUUUAAAAAAGGAAUACAGCAUUUGAUUUUUUCUAACGAUACCAUGUUUAAUAAUAAAAGCAUCUAGUCAAGCUGUUACAUUCCUUGGAGCUAAGGUUGUUGUGCUUAUAUAAAUUGUUUUGUAUUUUUGAGAUUUUAUUGUUGAUAUAAGUAAGAAUAAGAUAUAUUAAAAAAUAUUCACUUACACUGUGUGCUUUAAGAUUAAUAGUAUAUUUAGAUAUAUUGCUUGCAGUUUGUACUAUUUUUAUUCUAAUUGACUUGCAAAAUCACUGUACAAAUUAGUGUUCAAACUUAAUCGUUAUUUCUGUAACAUUUUGUAAAGUAGGUAUUCUAUUUAAGGCAUAUUAUAUUUUGUUAUACUAUACUCUUAAUAAAUGUUGUAUCUGUUAUAAA